AUGUGGUGGUUUCAGCAAGGCCUCAGUUUCCUGCCCUCAGCCCUUGUCAUUUGGACGGCUGCUGCUUUCAUAUUUUCGUACAUCACUGCCAUCGUUCUGCACCAUGUUGACCCUGCUUUGCCUUACAUCAGUGACACCGGUACCGUCGCUCCAGAAAAGUGCCUGUUUGGGGCAAUGUUAAAUUUCGCCGCAGUUUUAUGCAUUGCUACCAUCUAUGUGCGUUAUAAGCAAGUUCAGGCUCUGAAUCCCGAAGGGAGAUACAUCUCCAGGUUAAACAAGGCUGGCCUCAUACUUGGAUUGCUGAGUUGUGUAGGACUUUCUUUGGUGGCAAAUUUCCAGAAAACAGCCUUUUUUGCCGUCCACAUAUGUGGAGCUAUUCUCACCUUCGGUAUGGGCUCGUUGUAUAUGUUUGUCCAGACCGCCCUUUCCUACCUGAUGCAGCCCAAAAUCCACGGCAAGCAGGUCUUCUGGGUCAGACUGCUGCUGGUCAUCUGGUGCGGAGUGAGCGCGUUUAGCAUGCUGACUUGCUCCUCACUCCUGUACAGUGGCCAUUUUGGCUCAGAUAUAGUGCAGAAGCUCCACUGGAACCCCGAGGAUAAAGGCUAUGUGCUUCACAUGAUCACUACCGCAGCAGAAUGGUCUAUGUCAUGUUCCUUCUUUGGUUUUUUCCUGACUUACAUCCGUGAUUUUCAGAAAAUUUCUUUGCGGGUGGAAACCAAUUUACAUGGAUUAACCCUCUAUGACACUAUUCCUUGUCCUAUUAACAACGAGCAAACACACCUACUUUCCAGAGAUGUAUGA